AUGAACCAGACGCGAGCGCAGAUGAAAAUUCGAGAUGCGCAUGGCGACGCUGCUGAGCAAUGGGCGGCAACGUACCUUCAUCCUGUACGACUCACUCUGCGACUUUGCGGCGAGGGCUGGCAGCAAAACGACGGCAAAGAAAGACAAGUUGUCGCACCGGAAGGGAGAGACGGAAGGGUCCAGAGUAGGAAGCGCAAAAGCAAGGUCUACCUGGUCUACCCGGUCUUUGGGUCCUAG